UGUUUGUCGUCAACAUGUCAGAGGAGGUUAAUCAAGAGAAAGACGCAUGUGGAGAGGAUACGAAGUUGGAUUAUGACCAGAAAACUAAAAAGGGAGAAUUAGCAGUCAAAGUGAUAUGCCUUGGCGACAGUGCCGUGGGAAAGUCCAAGCUUGUAGAAAGGUUUUUGAUGGAUGGCUAUCAACACCAGCAGCUGUCAACAUUUGCUCUGACACUCUACAGAUAUCGCACUAAACUAGAAAAUAAAGAUGUUCUUGUGGAUUUUUGGGACACAGCAGGGCAAGAAAGAUUUCAGACAAUGCAUGCAUCAUACUAUCAUCAGGCUCAUGCUGCAAUCCUGGUAUUCGAUGGAACGCGGAAAGUCACCUAUAAAAAUCUUGCAAAUUGGUACAAAGAACUCCGUCACUAUAGACCCGAAAUCCCUUGUUUUUGUGCUGUAAAUAAAAUAGAUGAAAAUGAAGACAUCGCUGGAAAGAGUUUUGCUUUCCCAGAAAAGAACAAUAUCCCCAUGUAUUAUGUUUCAGCAUCCAAUGGAACCAAUGUUGUCAAGUUAUUCAAAGAUGCCAUUAAUGCUGCAUACCAGUAUAAAAAGAAUCCAACUGACUUCACAGAUCAGAUAAUGGAAGAGCUAGAGAUGGAUUGAUGAUUCAAGUCAAGCAUAGAAAUAGAUAGGUCUUGCAAGCACAAUCAUGCCAUAGAUACAGUAUGUGAUAAAGAGUAUUUGCACUUGCCUUUUUUAAGCAGUAAGGAAUUAUCUUUAAAGGGACCAUCAAGAUGAUUUUGUUGCUCCCAGUUUACACACUUUUAUGUUACUAAUUUUUUCAUAUGUUAAUAGAUCAUUCAAAUUGAUGUAAUAACUUUCACAUGAAGUUUUUACCCAACAAUGAUGCUGCCAGAAAUUUACCGAUUGACUGGCUUUAGCUAUACCCGUCAUAAGGAGAUGGUUUUCCUGAUGACUAUAAGCGUACCCAGUUGAAAAAUAAAACCCAUAAAUCAAAGAUAAAUCCAAUCAUGGAUUUCCUGAGCAAUUUAUGCCUUACUCGAUUGUUGGUAAAUGCCAAUGGGGGAAGAAAUCAUAGCAUCUACUUUUUCACUUUGCAUCAUGUUAAUGCAAUUGCAACAUCAGAUUUUAAAAACCCCUCUGAGUAAAUGAGAAUAAAUAGGAAUAAAAGUGCUCUCUAGAAUUUUUUUUCCCCUCUUUAAUAACAAUAGGAUUGGCAAUCCUAUGAGUGAUGCCUCUUCAAGGAAAUACUGGGCCUUUGGUCUUGCCAGUUAAAUAUAAUCCACUCAGAGCCACUUGUCACAACUAUUAUGCCUUAAGGAUUUAGCAAGGCAUUGAUACCACCCAGUAUGCAGUAUAUUAUAUAUAGCAGCAGUAUGCUAUAUAUAGUGAAAAUUAGCCGUAUGCUAUAUAUAGUGAAAAUUAGCCGUAUGCUAUAUAUAGUGAAAAUUAGCCGUAUGCUAUAUAUAGUGAAAAUUAGCCGUAUGCUAUAUAUAGUG